GCCCAUAGUGCCUGGUGAGUUUACGUAUGUACUUUUAUUUAAACCAACAUAGAUGUAUGAAUAAUGAAAUGUUAAUCCAAUGUAAAUGUCACUUUUCAGCUCAUUUGUGCCCUCGGCGUUUUGGAAUUGGACUUUUACAAUGUGCACAUUAAACGCAGCACAAGGUUUUAAUCCAAGGAGGGGAGGGAAAUGAAACGAGGAAACGUUGAGGACGCAGGGUUUACUAUUGGAGCGCGGGCCGAAGGUGCCUCGGACGGGACGGGCCAUACGACCUAUGCUCGCGUGCGUGUGUGUGUGUGUGUGUCUGUAAAGCGGGAAAAAGGGACCAAAAACACGGGAAACUUGCAACAUGCAUCCGUUGUUUGUUCAAGUAACUGUCGGGACUUUCCACAAAUAGUGGGACGGUUCCCCUCGAGCAGCGGGGGCCGUUUUGCAGGUGAAGGAAGUGCGGAGGAAUGCUGAGGACAGAAAGGUCCCGAUCGUACCGCGAGUUUGUUGAUAAAGAUGAGGAGGAGGAGGAGGAGGAGGAAGGGGACAGGCCGCCUCGAGGCUUCUUCGACGAUGCCGCUGAAGACCGCGAGAGCGAGGAGCCCAGCAAGGAGUCCAGCAAGGGAACCUCACAAGCGGACGACAGCCGGGGGAGCGGCCCGCCGAUGAGAUUCAGCAAAACCUGCCUGAGGAACUUCUUCACGGUGGUGCUCAUCUUCAUCUACCUGCUGCUGACCGGCGUCGCCGUCUUCCUGGCCUACCAGACCAUCUCGGACUUCCUGGAGAAACUCAACCACCCCGUCAUGUCCGUCACCUACAAAGAGGUCGACUCCUUCUCGCCACCAGGCAUCGCUCUGUAUCCCGGCAAAGCUCGUCUGCUGAGCUGCAGGCAUCACUACCACGACUACAUCCCGCCUUUAGUGGACCCGGGGACGCCUCAGGAAGGAGACUGCGUGAUGGAGGACGUCACUUACGUCGGUCCCUUCGCCGAACAAAGGAUGAAACGAGCCGUGGUGGUCCGCGGCCAACAAGACGUCAGAAACAAAGAGGUGAUCUUCAUGCAGUUCAGCCACAAUGAAACAGAAGAGGACUUCAGCGCCAUCACUUACAUGCUUUUCGCUAAUUUCAGUGACUUGAUUGACAGUGACGCUCGUGUUCUCCGACUCUCUAGUGCGAAUAAGUCGGAGUUCAUGAGGGACUGCGAGAGGAACUACUCCAUGUGGACUUUCUCCGGCGGGUUCAGGACCUGGGUCAAGAUGUCUUUGGUGAGGACGUCCGGGAAGAACAACGAAGCCGUGGAGUUUCGGCAAGAGACGGCGGUGGUGAAGUUCAACGACAAAAGGCCCGAAUCGGAGAGAACCAAUCAGCUCUUCUUCGCCGUCUUUGAAUGGCGGGAUCCGUACAUGCAAGAAAUCCGACUGAUCGUCACGGCAAAUCCCUGGAACUCUGUCGCCAUUCUGUGUGGCGUCUUCAUGGCUCUCUUCAAGGCGGCGAAUUUUGCCAAACUCACGAUUCAGUGGACAAUAAAAAUGCGAAAGAGGCAUCUGAGGAACAAAACGCGGGAACUGAACCAAAUCCAAUGAGACGUUUUGCAGAAAAACACAAGAUCCCAGAUGAUCCAACUGGGUUUUUAUUUUCACAUUUUAGGACAAUACUUAAUAACCUUGUUGUCAACAAUGCAGGUGAACGCUCUAGCUGAAUACUACUGAUGGGUCAAUCAUUUCCUAAAAAUGAGCCAGUUUUACCAAAAUUCUGUAAAUUGUUGUAUUUCAAAACAAGCGUUAUUUCAUAAAUGUUUUGUAGGCCUGUAAAUUGCUGCUGAAAACUGAGGACCAAAAGAUGUUCGAGGGUUUGAGAGCUUUUUAAUGAUGCUUUAAUGUUUGUCUGCUGCAAGUGCAAAACUAACAAUGUUUUUUUUUUUAUUUGAGUCUAUUUUAAUUGUUGUGGAUGAAUUCAUCUUAAUGGUGGGUUUUUUCAAGAUUUUAUCCCCCACGCAAUGUUGUUGACAUUUUGAAAAAUGGAAUGUAAUGUUUAUGUGUGAAUUUUGUGGCUUCUCAAUUCGUCAAAUUAUAAGUAAUAAAAUAGUGUGGACUCUCUCUGAACUAUA